ACAUGAUAUGAGUCAAAAAUAGCAUUUUAAACGGACACGGAUGUUGACAGACCUUGGGGCGUCUUGACUGAAGCUGUUGACUCUCCCUGAAGACUGGCAUAUUACUCUUUGAAUCAACCAUGGCUCCCUUUCUUCUGUUGUUCGUUGCCCUGGCAACUGCGUCUCCUAUGAAGAGGCAGACAACUGGUGGGUUGGACGUGGAUGGGGACGGCCUGCUCUCCUAUGCUGAAGUGUCCUCAGCCAUGAGUCUGCAUGAGGCUCUCACGGCCCUGGACAGAGACGGUGACGGCUUCAUCUACCUGCCACAGAUCAUCGAGCUGUGGGGAACCGGAGACAAGUUUUACGAACUGAACACCGACGGCGACGAUCACCUCACCUUCAGGGAGAUUGAGAACGGGAUGACUCUUCAAGACUUCUACGAGCAGUUCGACUUCAACGGUGACGGGAGUCUGGACGUUCCCGAGGCCUACCAGGUGAACUUCAUCUACGACACCCUUAACAGCCCAUCGGCCUACAACCCCUUGGACACUAACGGUGAUGGCAAGAUCUCCAGGCUGGAAAUCGUGAGCCAUAUGACCUACGACGAGGUACUGACGGCAUUGGAUUUUGACGGUAACCAAGAACUGAAUUUCCAAGAGCUGACGAUCCUGUUUGGAGACGUGGCCUCACAGUUCAUUGCUGCUCAGGACAACAACAGAGACGGAGUGGUGGAUUUCCACGAGGCGCGCACUCACCACAUGACCUUGGGAAGGAUCUUCAACAUGCUCGACGUGAACAAUAGCAACUACCUAGAAGGCGGAGAGGAAAGCGGAUUCUUUGUAAUCUGGGACUAUAUCCUCCUGGCGGGUGGCGGCAUGAACCCCAACGAAAACUAAGGUUUAUUUUGACUUUGACU